AUGCCUGUCGAAAACCCAACCCUGCGAGCUGAACUUCAACUUCUCGCCCCGCAAAAAGAGCGGAAACCUGAAAAUAAUAAAAGUGGAGGUUCUCAGUCAAAGCGUCUGAGGGUGGAAAUCCCUCAUGAUCUAAAUUUGGAUAGGAUAUACAAUCCUAAAUAUUCGGUACUUCAAUUGAUGUCUACCAGACGCAGGCCUCGCCCCUCAAGCAACCCUCCAAGACCACCUAAUGCUUACUUCUUGCUGAAGAAUUGUUAUAUGCUCGAGCUGCGCGCGCUCGGGUAUCGUUAUACGAUGCCCGAGCUGUGCAUUCAGUCCAAGAGAGUCUGGAGGGAGUGUCCUCAGGAGGUUAAGGACCGAUAUGAUAAGAUUCAACUACAGGUCCAAUGUAUCCACAACGAAAUGUAUCCCGGGUACAAGUUUAGGCCAAAGAAGAGGAAUACCUUCAAGAUGCAUGUAUUCCCAAACAAAAUGAAUGAAAAUGUCUCUUCAUUCAGCACCACUAAUUACUUGAAUGCGAAUCAUCCUCCUUUGGAAAACUACCUCUCUUCCGAGCCUGGAUUCUCCUCUGCCGCCUCAGAGGGUUCCAAUUUAGAAACAAACUCACCGGUAAUCUCCGAAACUUUUCAACCAACCCUCUCGUCGUCUGACCCGACUUUGGUUCAGAUCAAUUAUGACAAUGCAGAAGAAAAUCACCGACAAAUUCUGACAUCGGGAUAUCAGCAGGAGGAUGAAUUUGUUCAAUAUAAUGCGACAGACUGCUUAUUCUAUUCCUUCUAUUUGGGGGAAAGCUAUGACUUCUUUGGAAUUUCGUAUGAUGGGACAUACGUCAAUUCCGCUGAUUCUCUAGAUUAUUAUCCGCAUCAUUCUUUAGAAAAUUAA